CCUGAUAGUAACUUGCAGUUUCAGAGCACAUGCAUGCCUGGCUCACUGCGUUUUGCUACGCCGCUGCUACCUGCCGGGAAAUUCACCUUGUCAUUGCCUGGGGUAUCUCCCACCCGUUACAAAGUCAGAAAAAGCUGAGUUCUCUAAUAUCAAAGAGGUCUAACUUUCUGGGGGUGAUUCCGAGACAUUGAAGUACGAAGAAGAGACACUUCUAAAGAAGUAAAAUAUGACUAAAAGCAAUGGAGAAGAGCCCAGGAUGGGAGGCAGGAUGGAGAGAUUCCAGCAAGGAGUUCGUAAACGCACACUCUUGGCCAAGAAGAAAGUGCAGAACAUCACAAAGGAGGAUGUUAAAAGUUACCUAUUUCGGAAUGCUUUUGUACUGCUCACUGUCACAGCAGUCAUUGUGGGUACAAUCCUCGGAUUUGCCCUCCGACCAUACAAAAUGACCUAUCGGGAAGUCAAGUACUUCUCCUUCCCUGGGGAGCUUCUGAUGAGGAUGUUACAGAUGCUGGUGUUACCGCUUAUCAUCUCCAGUCUUGUCACAGGAAUGGCGGCCCUAGAUAGUAAGGCAUCAGGGAAGAUGGGAAUGCGAGCUGUAGUUUAUUACAUGACUACAACCAUCAUUGCCGUGGUGAUUGGCAUAAUCAUUGUCAUCAUCAUCCAUCCUGGGAAGGGCACGAAGGAAAACAUGUACAGAGAAGGCAAAAUUGUACAAGUGACAGCUGCAGACGCCUUCCUGGACUUGAUCAGGAAUAUGUUCCCUCCAAAUCUGGUGGAAGCCUGCUUUAAACAGUUUAAAACCAACUAUGAGAAGAGAAGCGUUAAAGUCCCCAUCCAGUCCAAUGAAACACUGGUGGGUGCUGUGAUAAACAAUGUGUCAGAGGCCAUGGAGACUCUUUCAAGGAUCACAGAGGAGUUGGUCCCAGUUCCAGGGUCUGUGAAUGGGGUCAAUGCCCUGGGACUGGUCGUCUUCUCCAUGUGCUUUGGUUUUGUGAUCGGAAACAUGAAGGAGCAGGGACAAGCCCUGAGAGAGUUCUUUGAUUCUCUUAAUGAAGCCAUCAUGAGAUUGGUAGCAGUGAUAAUGUGGUACGCCCCUCUGGGCAUCCUCUUCCUGAUUGCAGGGAAAAUUGUUGAGAUGGAAGACAUGGGAGUGAUUGGGGGCCAGCUUGCCAUGUACACUGUGACGGUUAUCGUCGGCUUGCUCAUUCACGCAGUCAUCGUCCUGCCCCUCCUCUACUUCUUGGUGACGCGGAAAAACCCUUGGGUUUUUAUCGGAGGGUUACUACAAGCACUCGUCACAGCUCUAGGAACUUCCUCCAGCUCUGCCACCCUGCCCAUCACUUUCAAGUGCCUGGAAGAGAACAAUGGCGUGGACAAACGUGUCACCAGAUUCGUGCUCCCUGUAGGGGCCACAAUUAACAUGGAUGGGACCGCCCUCUACGAGGCUUUGGCUGCCAUUUUUAUUGCUCAAGUUAACAACUUUGAACUGAACUUUGGACAGAUUAUUACAAUCAGCAUCACAGCCACGGCUGCCAGUAUCGGGGCAGCUGGGAUUCCUCAGGCAGGCCUGGUCACCAUGGUGAUUGUGCUGACAUCUGUGGGCCUACCCACUGACGACAUCACGCUCAUCAUUGCAGUGGACUGGUUCUUGGACCGCCUCCGCACCACCACCAACGUGCUAGGAGACUCCCUGGGGGCCGGCAUUGUUGAGCACCUGUCACGACAUGAACUGAAAAACCAAGAUGUCGAAAUGGGUAACUCAGUGAUCGAAGAGAAUGAAAUGAAGAAACCCUAUCAGCUGAUUCCCCAGGAAAGCGAAACGGAGAAACCCACCGACAGUGAAACCAAGAUGUAGACCAGCAGAAAGAAAUGCCUUCUUGAGCAUCAGGUGUUUUGAAGACGGUCACAAAAUGUUUCCAUCUCGUUACAACUACAACCAUUCUCUCCAGUGAACCCCUCACCUCCCUCUCCUUCCCUACUCUGAUAGGAUUGGGAAGUACUCAUCCAAAAACAAGGGAGGAUUUUGCAGUGGCCAAAAUAUAUAGUUUUCAUCCCACAUUUGAAAGUUUUAAAUCAUUUCAUCUUAGUCUUCGAUGAGAAGGUACUGAGAUCAAGUCUUGGUCAGAUCUUACAAGUGUAUGUGGCACACAAUCCUGUAAAUGUGAUUUUUAUAAGUUAAAGAGUCAGACAAAUAGUAGGCUAAAAUAUGGUUUUAAAUCAACUUUCAAAAUUUAAAAAUCCUUCAGAACACAACUCAGUUUAAGUAUCAAAACAACUUGAUACACUAUAAUCGGUUAUCACUUGGACAGUAGAAGGGUUUUUUCCCCUUUCUCUCUGAUUUGUAUCCUUAUUUUAUUAGUAGCAGGGCAAAGUGAACACACACCUAGCUCAGCUGUGAGGAGGUGCAUAAAGUGGAAUUCCCAUGUGGCCGUGGACAAGUCACAUCUUAUGUCUAGGCGUCAGUGUUCUUAUCCGUAAAAUGAGUGAGUUCCCUACAUGCCUUUGUGGUCUGUUCUAGCCCAGAUAUCCUGUGGCAUCAUGAAAGAGCCUGCCCUCCAUUUCCCUGCAGAACAUCCUGUAGCAAGUCUCAUCCCAUGGAGCAUGGGACUUUCAGAAAGCACAUUUAUUGGGAAUGAACGUUUCUAUGUAGGACGGAGAUGGCAGUGUGGUUUACCAGGUCCUGUGUCCAAAAUGUCAGUUAUGCAAGUCACCAGGCCCGAGGCCAUUCCAGGAGUGGAAUUAUUCAUGAUCACUUUGCUCAGUUCUUCCCAACGGUGAGAGUAUUCCCUUCUUUUCUACUCUUCCCAAACUGAAGGGGCUGCUCUGGGAAGGAUGUCUCCCACCACUCCUCAAGUGACAGUAGACUUUUAGAAAUUAAAAUAUAAGACUAGCAACUAGCAAGGGUGCACAUGGCCUUACUGUGGAACACUAAAGAGCCAGCUAGGGAAGAAUGGAGCAUGGUUGACAUUAUAAAGAGAAGAUUUUAAAACACCAAGAUUAUAGGUCAUCUUUAAGAAAGAACUUUUUUUAAAAAAAAGAAGUUCUUUUUUUUUUUAAACCAGAAACACUGUUUCUCUUCAGUUCAAAAUCAUUCCCCAAGGAAGUCUGCAUAUCAAAGUAUAAGGUUACUUCUUACGUAUUUUAAACAAGACAAACAAAUGAGAUCUCUUUCUAGAAGUCUGUGAGCUGUGUGGGUGGUCUCUUACUUGAAAAGGUUUUUGACUAUAAUCAAAAAUUCUUAGAAUGAGGGAAACAAGAUAUUUCUUUGUGUGGGAAUUCCACUUACCAAAUCAUUCGAAACCUUCAGCUGGAGUGAGGUUUGGCUUGGUUUUGUUUGUGCCCUUGAGAGAAAUGGGUAGAAUCAGUAUGAAGAUACUGCCAAUGUGGUUCCAAAAACAAAAACAAAAAAAAAACAGCAGAGGCAUUAGGUUCAGAAAGAGAAUCUCCCAGGUUUAGAGGAGAUUAACUUUUUUACCCUCUAAGGAACAUCCAGUCAAAGACACAGAGAGGGAGCUGUCGGACAAUACCAGCUGUGUUUGAGUUUCUUACUGUAAAUGGUGAAGAAUGAACUUAAUUAUGCUAACAGACUGAAAAUCUAGACAUACAUCCUCUGAUAUACAAUUAGAGGUAUUUUUAUAUAGAUCCCAAGCAUUAUAUGUGUACAAAAGUUAACGUUAGGCUGUGGUGGAGUAAUCAUUUAAUGUCAAGGCUCUAUUUCGGAAAUACACUACAAAGUUAAUGUACAUGGAUGUUAUCUUAUGACUCCAGUAGAGCAAAAAUUAAUCAUGUCAAAUUAAUUCUGUUACACGAGUGUGAUCUUUUUUCAUACUAACCAUUUCUUAUGGAAAGCAGGUCCUCUAGGAUGGUCCUCUCGCCAGCCCAUCACAGGCUCUACAUAUACAUGUACCCAGUAUGGACUGAGAAGUAUUACUUUGUAGAUGUAUUUUCAAUAAAGAAAACUUAGUUUUACAUUA